AAGAAAUUUGGUACUCCUUUCUAAUACCCACGAAAAGAAUCAGGGGAAAGAAGAGAGAGGAGGAGAAAUGGAGAGAGAGAGAAAGAGGGAGAAGGAAGAAGGUACCGGCCGGCAGUGGCUACGGUGGCCGCCGUUGCACGCCGGUGGUAUUCCGGUGACCUGCGUAUCGCCGGAAAACUAAGCUUCUAAAAAAGUUACUAAAGUGCCAAAAUCAUUAGAAGGUUCUAGCUCCAAAAGAAAGGCCACUUCAACUUCGUCGGUAUCAACAACACCUUCAGUUAGUAAUUAAAAUUUUGAACCAAAUUUUCCAGAAGGGUACGACCAAGAAUUAAACGAUUAUGCUGAAGAAGUGGAAAGAGAAAUACAAAUGAAGAAGAACAAGAACAAGAAGAGAAACCAACGACUCUUAUUGGAAUAUAUAAAACUCGACAGUCAUCAACGAGAUCACAUGAAGAACAACAACAACAACAACAACAACAACAACAACAACAACAAAAACAAAGAAAAGCUCGUGGUAAACGAAUCAAUUUCCAAAGUAUCGAUGAAGAUGAACCAGUAAGACAACCUUUUCCGGCAAUGCCACCUCCUAGUGGUAGAGCUGUUUCAAAUGUGUGGUCGUAUUUUACAAACGAACCAACCAAUAAUCCAGAUGUUUUCUUAUGCACUUGUCAAAUUUGUGAAAGUCAAGGGGUAAAGCCCUUAGUUUCAUACAAUUUCAGCAGAGGUGGUGGUACGGGAUCUUUUAAAAAACAUUUGGUAAAGAAGCAUGGAAAUUACAAAAGAAACUCAUGCAGCAAGCGGCAGCGGGACCACAAGUGGAAACCGACAGUGGGACGUUCCCGGCGGAGAUUGAUCACCUAUUCACAAUACUUAAAGCUUGCUACAAGUAUGCCACUUGAUCCCCUGGCGGCUUAGACGAAGCAUGAAUCAAAGACGAAGAAGAAAUGAGGACAAGAGGUGAGAAAAGAGUCCAACACGACUAAAGCAAGAAGUCAUGGUCAUUGAAGGGCUCACUUAAAUGCUCAUGGAGAUAACACACCCACAAUUUUGUUGAUCCAUAAUAUUGAAAUAUUAAAUUUUAUUUGGUUUGUUAUUUUCGAAUUGACUUGUGAAACAUCGAAUUUGAAGUUGUUACGGAAAAGUUAUGACAUUUUAAAAAUGGCUACAAUCGAUCAAAAUGAGCGUUAGAGACAGUAAGUUGAACGGUUAAUCGUUCCAUGUGGAACAACCCCACUUUUCCUAGCAAUCAACGCGAAUUACAAGAGUAAAAUGGAGCUACCUAAAGACCUCCAACACGCAUGCAACAUAGUGAUUUUUCCCUAACAUUCAACUUAUAUAUUUUCCAUCAUUUUAAAGGGUAUUUCUCAUAAUUGUUAGGGAUUAUAUUUUAUUUUUGAUGGGUAUAAAUAGGAAGUAUUUGUAAUAGC